ACCAUCCAUCAAUAUCGGUACCCUGCGAGCUGUCAUCACCCGCUCCUUCUCGCCACGACUUCUACUGUCCCACGAUCCUUACCUGACCACAACGACGCCUUCCUCAUGACUGCCGUCGCGAGCCCUCCCAGCUUCCAGCAACUCAAUCGACCGGGAUGGAAUGUUAAUGGCGGCCAAAGUCUGAAUGCGAUGAAUCCAGAAGACGUCAGAGGCAUGUUCGCCGCGCCUCGGAAGACGCUGCAACGAAGCAACUCUUCCUCCUCGGUCUCGUCUACUUCUUCCAAUUCGUCCACCACUACCGUUGCCACCAAUGGUUCGCAACCGAAUGGCACCCCGGCUUCUACAAACUCGGAUAUGAGCUCGUGGUCUAGCAGUGCCUCGAGAAAGCGACCACAACCCAAGGGACCAUGGCCGCCAGGCAAGCCAGAGGUUCAAGCCGAAUUCGGCAGGCCUGUUAUGCGAAACGCCAUGAACGGCAUCAAUGGCGGUUCUUCGCUGCAAACGGCUCCGGGCCAACCGCAAAUGAUGUCGCAGCAAGGACUCGGAGCGAGGCCCAUGGGUGAUCCGAUGCCCAACGGGCAGCCCGUGCUCUAUCUCCUGUCGCUCAACGGUACAUUUGAACGCAAAACCAUAUCGGUACCAUUCUACCCGGAAAGCCUCCGUAUCGGCCGUCAAACCAACCAGAAGACGAUCCCGACAGCCACCAACGGCUACUUUGACAGUAAAGUGCUAUCAAGGCAGCACGCUGAAAUAUGGGCAGAUCGCACGGGAAAAAUUUACAUUCGGGACGUCAAAUCGUCCAACGGAACGUUUGUCAAUGGCACGCGUCUCUCUCAGGAAAAUCGCGAAUCCGAGCCGCACGAACUACAGACUGGAGACCAUCUAGAAUUGGGAAUCGACAUUGUGAGCGAGGAUCAAAAGACCGUCGUUCACCACAAGGUUGCCGCAAAAGUCGAACACGCAGGCUUCACGAGUCCCUCGAGCAAUGUUAUGGACAUGAACUUUGGCGAUUUGGACCCUGCGAAUGGGGGCAUGAUGAUGCCGGCGCCGAGUCCUAUCCCUUACCGUGGCAGGACUGGAAGCAAUGCAUCGAUGGCCAGCAACGGCCGCAUGAUAGCACCCCAGAACAUGGCCGGCAUGGCGCCUAACGGUGGAGCUGCCCGUGGAUUCUUAUUAACGCCCAUUACCACGGAGCACAUCGUCAAGAGACUUCAUAAUGAGAUGCGAAAUGCUCGACUACAGUCUCAAGACCUCUCUCGUACGGGCCAGUUCGUCCAUGCUCUCCUGAGCAAAGAUGACGUAAAGGAUCUCGAGAAACCAGAAGCACCCGAGCCUCCCAAGCAACUCCCAAAUGGCAACGCUCUGCCCUUCCGCACUGAUGCGAAAACAAGAUUUUCGGACCCUCCUGCCCCGCCUCCCCAGCAGCCGCUGCCCGAGAAACCCGAUGUGCCUUCGUUGAAACGGGGCACCACUGAGCGACCAAAGCCUAAUAGCACCACCUCACCCGUUGGACGCGACAACUUGCAUCAGAUCAUUCAGUUGACCGAAGCUUUGAAUAAUGCAAAGAAGGAGAUGGAUACCCAAACUGCCCGUAUUAAGGAUUUGGAAGACAUGCUCCGUAAAGAGCGGGAGGCACGCGAGCUGGCCGAGGAUAUGGCAAAGAUUCUCGAAGAUGGUAGCUUGAAGGAGACCAAUGGCGCGCCCAAGGAACACGACACCAAUGCUCUUCUCGAAGAAGCUUUUGAGCCUCCCCGCGAUACUGCCGACAAUCAGGAUAUCGAGAUGACGGAUGCGGAACCGCUUUCCAAGGAGCCUGCACCAGAGAGCGCCGAGGAUAUUGCUGCACGUUUCCAGGUCAAGCUCGACACAAUGAUGUCAGAGGUGACGGACCUAAAGCAACAGAUGGAGGCAUGGAAGCACAGAUGCGAAAAGGCCGAGACGGAGCGUGACGCUGAUCGCCAGACCCUGGCUGAAAUGGUUGCACAGAUUCGCAGGGACGAUGAGGCCAGGCAAAACGCUGCUGCUGCUGCGGAGAAGCGCCGUUCUCUGUCCCGUGGACGGCGCGGCCGGAGCGAAGGACCUGCCAACAAGUCAACUUCAGUUGUUCAAAUGAACGGAUCUGGUAGCUCCACCCCUGCCCCUUCGCAAGCAGAGUCCACCGUGGACGACUUUAGCGACAAGCCUACUUUGUCGCGAGCCAACACUAUUACGCCACUUACCAUACCCCCGGGCAAGUUGGCAAAGGAUCAGGCCAUGGUGGCCGGGGUUCCCUAUGCUUCCAUGCUUGGCGUGGUAAUCAUAGGCAUGGGUCUCAUGGCUUACAUCAACGGCUGGCAACCCGAGCCGACUCCCCGUCAUUGA